AUGGAAGCACACUUGGCUCCUUUGCCACUGUGUUUUGGCUUCCUGCAGAUAGGAAGCAGGCUUCGAUUACGAACUUUGGCAUCUGCCAUUUGCAGGGAGGUCGAGGCUUGCCGUAGAUGUGCUGCGGGUACUGACGGCACUUGGGAGCUUUGCCGUGCAGCUCAAGCAGGAGAGGUCCAGCUCUGCCGCCUGCUUAUCCGGAUGGGUGCGAAUGUCAACGCCAUCGGAGAGGAUGAUCUCACACCCUUGAUGACGGCUGCGUUGGCAGGCCGAACCACAGCGGUAGAAGCCCUUCUGGAUGAGCGAGCCGACCCCGACAAGCAGAAUGACACGAAGUGCACUGCAUUGAUUCUGGCCGCGGACAUGGGGCACGUGGCCGUUGUGCAGUGCCUUCUGCUCCGCAGAGCUGAUGUCCAUCUUCAGGCCGAUGACUCCACCACUGCCUUCAUUGCAGCUGCGCAGAAAUGCCAUUCAGCUGUACUGCACGAACUGAUGUUUGCGCACGGUGAGGACCAGCGAGCACUGGCGGAUGCGCUCUUGCGGGCAUCCGAAGACGGUUCUGCAGAUGUUGUCGAGCUGCUCGUUCAGCUUGGCCUGGAGCUUGAUGCCAGAAGCUCCGAUGGAGACGAGUCGAUCGGUGGCCAAGCAUUACGGGUAGCUGCUCACCGGAACCAUCGACCGGUAACCUUGGCGCUGCUAGCUUGUCGCGCGGAUGUGGAUGCUGCAUCGGCCAAUGGUUUCACUGCCCUUGCCGUCGCCUGCCAAUAUGGGGCAGCUGAUGUUGUGCAAGACCUUCUGGCCCGAAGGGCGGACCUGAACGCGCAGGCUCUCAACGGACGAACCCCCCUUAUGCUGGCUGCGACUUUCGGGCACACUGCGAUUGCCCGAAGCUUAUUGGAGCAUCAGGCCGCAGCGAAUGUGCGAGACGGAGACCAGAACAACUCCCUCCUUCUCGCUGCGCAAUCGGGAUAUGACGACAUCCUUUUCUCCUUGCUCGCCCACCGCGCUGCUGUAAACGAUGUCGGGCAGUCUGGAUGGACUGCGCUGAACCUGGCAGCAAGUUUUGGGCAUCUGGCAGCAGUCGACCUGCUGCUAAGUUCUGGUGCAGACACCAGCCUAGCAGACGAUGAUGGCGAGACUCCCGAAAUGGCAGCUCUUGCUGGCGGGCACGAGGAUGCAAAGACACAUCUUGGCCAGCUGACCACUCGAGUGCGAGGAAUGGGUCAACAGUCGAAGGAGCUGCAUGCGUUCAUUGAACUCGAGUGCGAGCAAGAGGCUGCAGCGAUGGAUGCAUUGGGAGCGUCGGAGAAACGGCAAAUGGAGGCGCUCGGCGAGAUUGCAGUUCUGGAGAGCCACAUGGGGGAGGCGAGAGCUGGACACAAGGUCGAGAGCGGCUGGCUUAGCUUGAGGGCCGCUGCAACGGCCGGGUUCACCAGAACAGGGAGCCAAGCCAAGGCAGCAGAGUUUGCAAAAAUUGGUGUGCUGUCUUUGGGUCCUGCGACUCCCUCGCAGCGAAUCCGGCUGGCAGCGCGUAGCUCGGCAGAAGACGGCGAACACGUGAACUUGCCGGAUGUGCCAACUGCUGAUCUCAGUGGCUUGCCGAACUGCUUGCGAGAUCGCUGGAAAGCUCCUGUGUUCACUUUCCAAGUGUCUUGGCACCAUUGUCUGAGCACAGGCAUGCUGGUCAUUGAUGGAAUCGUCCGCUUCAUUUCAUCAGCCCGGCACAAUGGGCACUGUGUUUAUGUCCAUUGCGCUGCAGGAAUAUCCAGAAGCUCCACAUCGAUCUGCGCAUAUCUCAUGGCCCACCUGAACAUUCCUUUCGAGCAGACGCUGCAGUUCCUUUCUCAACGGCGCCCGGCGGUUUGCCCCAACGACGGCUUCCAGAGGCAGCUGCGAAGGUACGAGUCCUCCAAGGAGCGGCUCUUGCUGGCACAGGAGAUGCUCAAGGUUCCAGCCUACACGGAGCUACAGCGACAGGACUUGGAUGCGGUGUGGCAGGCCCUGAGCCAGCGCAAAGCCCGUGGUCGCUCCGUGGAGGGCGGGCGAGCGACGCCGGCAAAACAGGCACAGGCAGCAGAACAGAGGCCAGUGCGACCUGGAAGCGGCAGCGUCCCCAUCGACCAGCUGGCACGGCAAAGAGCACUGCAGGCUGUUCAAGCUACUGCACAGCGGCAGCCGGGCAGCGCAAUUCGAAUUGGCGAUGGGUCGCAGCUGCUUGAUCCAAAUUGGGAGGCAGAUGGCGAAAAUUUGUUGUUUACUUUCUUUGCAGCUCGGCCACCCUCAGGGCCGGAGCGAGUCACAAGACAAAUGGGUAAGUAUGAAGUGCGAUUCUACUCUGAUAUACUUGCUGGUUGA